CAAGCUACACAUACUAGCACACACCACAAACACAGAGACAGAAGGAGAACAAGCAGCCAGGCAGCCAGGCAGACGGACGGAUGUACGCUUGGAAGGAGGGAAACACACACCACCAUGGGCUGCUGUAACAGAAGGUGCGGGCUUUUAGCCGGAGCUGUGUUUGGGGCGGUGGUAGCCGUCCUGGGAGGCAUCCUUAUCCCAGUGGGGGACAUGAUCAUUGAAAACACAGUCAAGAAGGAAGCCGUCAUCGAGCCUGGGACGACAGCUUAUGACAACUGGGUAGCUACAGGGGCAGCAGUGUACAGGCAGUUCUGGUUCUUUGACGUGAAAAACCCACAGCAGGUUGUGGAGGCUGGUGCACCUCCGGAAGUACAGGAAAGAGGACCUUACACAUAUAAGACAAGAUUUCUUCCCAAAGCGAACAUCUCAAUCAACACCAAUAAUACUGCCUCCUUCCUGCUGCCCAUGGGUGCCAUCUUCGAACCAUCCAUGUCUGUGGGACCAGAGGAAGAUGAAGUCACCUCUCUGAACCUGGCAGUCGCUGGGGCUUAUUCGCUGGUUCCCCCAACGAUGCAUAUCGCUCUAGAAGUUCUGAUAAAGGCAACAAAUUCCUCCUUGUUCCAGAAACGUGCAGUCAAGGAGUUGUUGUGGGGUUAUGAUGACCCAAUACUGAAAGACACCAUCGGCCUAUUUUCACCUUACAAUGAUACCUAUGAUGGCUACUACAAUGUUUUCAAUGGAAAAGACGACAUUUCAAAAGUGGGAAUAAUUGACAGAUGGAGAGGAGAGAAGAAAUUAAGUUUUUGGAAUGAUGAAUAUUGUGACAUGAUCAAUGGGACAGAUGCUUCCUCCUUCCCUCCCUUUUUGGACAAGAAGAUACCCCUCUUUUUCUUUUCAUCAGACAUCUGCAGGUCUGUGUCAGCCAGCUAUGAGGCAACUCUAAAUCUUAAAGGUAUCGAAGUUUACCGCUACGGCCUCCUACCAUCCACCCUGGCCUCUCCUGUGGACAACCCAGACAACAAAUGUUUCUGCAGAAAUCACAAAACCACUAAAAACUGCACUCUGGCUGGAGUGCUGGACAUCAGUUCCUGUUCAGAUGGUAGACCUGUCUACAUCUCUCUGCCUCACUUCCUUAAUGGCAGUGCAUCUCUUCGGGAGGACGUGUUGGGUCUAAACCCAAACGAAGAGCACCAUAAAACUUUCCUGGAAGUGGAACCUACUACUGGUUUUACCCUGAAUUUUGCCAAGAGAAUUCAAGUGAAUAUGAUGUAUGGGCCAUCAAAAGUCAUCACGGUGCUAAAGAAAGUGAAAAAUUACACCUUAUUCCCCCUUGCUUGGCUGAAUGAGACUGCGAUGCUGGAUGACGAAACAGCGGACAUGUUUAAGAGGGAGCUUACCUCCCGUAUCCAGAUGUUGGAGAUAAUACAACAAGUACUGCUUAUUGCAGGUGUGAUCAUCUUUGUCUUGUGUUUAAUCUCUUACGUCUGUGUGAGGAGGAAAGAUAAAGCCAUCCAUGCGUGAAUGAAUCAUUCAUGCAUUCAGCUGUUUGUCAUAAAUAAGAGCACAGUGCAUUGAAGCUGCUACAGAACAUCAAACUUUUUGAUAUAGACUCGCACUUUUGGAGGUUUUUUUUUUUUUGUUAUCCUGAAUAUUAUAACUCCUGUGAUAACCUGGAAGAGUGCUGUGAUUUUGUAAAGCUGUAAAGAAUUCCUUUGGCAAUUAUCAGUUUAAUCGCAAACACUGUAAUAUUAACUAUCAGGGAUUUCUAGAGGUAAAGGUAGUGGAAACUACUCUUAACUGUCAGGUAAUCCAGGAGAUCUCUGAGAAGGGAGACAUGGAUUAGUUUGACAUCCUGUGAAAGAAAUGUAUAUGAACUGAAAUAUUGUGCGAAUGUAUGCUUUGCUGAA